UCGACCGGCUCCCCUCCUCCCCCGCGCGCAUCGGAUCCCCCUACAUAAACCCUCUCGCUCGCCAUCGCCAUGGCAGCAACUCCCCUCCUCCACUAGACCACCAUGCACAGAUCGAUGGCCUCUCAGGCGGUGGCGCCCCUCCUCCUCAUCCUCAUGCUCGCGGCGGCGGCGGGGGGCGCGUCGGCGGCGGUGCAGUGCGGGCAGGUGAUGCAGCUGAUGGCGCCGUGCAUGCCGUACCUCGCCGGCGCCCCCGGGAUGACGCCCUACGGCAUCUGCUGCGACAGCCUCGGCGUGCUCAACCGGAUGGCCCCGGCCCCCGCCGACCGCGUCGCCGUCUGCAACUGCGUCAAGGACGCCGCCGCCGGCUUCCCCGCCGUCGACUUCUCCCGCGCCUCCGCCCUCCCCGCCGCCUGCGGCCUCUCCAUCAGCUUCACCAUCGCCCCCAACAUGGACUGCAACCAGGUUACAGAGGAACUGAGAAUCUGAGAGCGUGAGGAAUCGAGUUCAUGUUGCAUUUAUCAUCAAUCAUCAUCGACUAGAUCAAUAAAUCGAGCAAAGCUUUGAUAAAGAGCGAGCCGCCUUAAUUAAUUUACAAUAAUCUUGGAUGUCAUCCUGCAUGCGUGUAUGAUCACACGGUUGUUUAAUUAGGCACUUUAAUUUUGCACUGUCGUGUGUUACUUAUUCCUGAUCUCUACUAUACGGUGACUAACCCCUGAUCAAAAGUUUAAUUCAACAUGUUUUCGAGUA